ACAGGUCUAAUAAGUCAAUUGCUGUAAACCUAUUGUUUUUUUUUUCUGGUAUUAAGCAUCUCUUCAGCCUCAGACUGAUUGCAAUGCUUCUUCUACUUCAUUUUGUCAUUCUGAUAGAUGUCAAAGACUUUGCACUGACUGAAGGCAGCACAAUCAUGCCUUUGUGCCAAAAAGGAUAUCUUCCCUGUGGGAACCUUACCAAAUGCUUGCCCCGUGCUUUUCACUGUGAUGGUGUGAAUGACUGUGGGAACAAUGCUGAUGAGGAGAACUGUGGAGACACUAGUGGAUGGGCGACUAUAUAUGGCACAGUCCAUGGAAAUGCUAAUAAUGUGGCAUUAACACAGGAGUGCUUUCUGAACAAGUACCCUCAACGCUGUAACUGCAAAGAGAAUGAACUGGAAUGUGUAAACAUUGGAUUAAAGUCUGUGCCAAAGAUUUCCAGCAACCUGACAGUACUGUCUCUUAAGAAGAACAGAAUUCACAGUCUUCCAGACAAAGUUUUCAGUAAAUACACAGGACUUACACAUCUAUUUCUUCAGUAUAACUGUAUCAGACAAAUAUCCAGGAAAGCAUUUUUUGGACUACACAAUCUGCAAAUACUAUAUCUCAGCCACAACUGCAUUACAACUCUCAGACCUGGAGUAUUCAAAGACUUACAUCAGUUAAUUUGGUUAAUUCUAGAUGACAAUCCAAUAACCAGAAUUUCUCAGCGGAUGUUUCUUGGAUUAAAGUCCUUGUUUUUCUUGUCUAUGGUUAAUAACUACAUAGAAGUCCUGCCCAAGCAGAUGUGUGCCCAAAUGCCUCAGCUCAGUUGGAUGGAUUUUGAAGGCAAUGGGAUAAAAUCUCUUACAAAUUCCACCUUCCUGACAUGCAAUUCACUCACAGUGCUGUUUCUGCCAAGAAAUCAAAUUGAUUUUAUUCCAGAGAAGACAAUUUCUUCAUUAAAAAAUUUAGGAGAACUGAACCUUUCCAACAAUAUGAUAAUGGAGCUACCACACCACAUUUUUAAAGAUCUGAAGCUUUUACAAAAGCUGAACCUGUCAUCCAAUCCUCUUUUGUAUCUCCACAAGAACCAGUUUGACGGUCUUAAGCAACUUCAGUCUCUAGACCUGGAUAAGAUAGAGAUUCCAAAUAUAAGCACACAGAUGUUUCAACCCCUGAAGAAUCUGUCUUACAUUUAUUUCAAAAACUUUCGAUACUGCUCCUAUGCUCCCCAUGUCCGAAUAUGUAUGCCCUUGACUGACGGCAUUUCUUCAUUUGAGGACCUCUUGGCUAACAAUAUCCUCAGAGUAUUUGUCUGGGUUAUAGCUUUCAUAACCUGCUUUGGAAAUCUUUUUGUCAUUGGCAUGAGAUCUUUCAUUAAAGCUGAAAAUGCAACUCACGCUAUGUCCAUCAAAGUCCUUUGUUGUGCAGACUGCCUGAUGGGUGUUUAUUUGUUCUUCAUUGGUGUUUUUGAUAUAAAAUACCGUGGGCAGUAUCAGAAAUACGCCUUGCUGUGGAUGGAGAGUUUACAGUGCCGCCUCAUGGGGUUCCUGGCCAUGCUGUCCACUGAAGUCUCUGUCCUGCUGCUGACUUACUUGACAUUAGAGAAGUUCCUAGUCGUUGUCUUUCCCUUCAGUAACAUUCGUCCCGGAAAACGGCAGACCUUUGUCAUUCUCCUUGGCAUCUGGAUUGUGGGAUUUUUGAUAGCUGUGAUUCCAUUCUGGAACAAGGAUUACUUUGGAAACUUUUAUGGAAAAAAUGGAGUUUGUUUCCCACUUUAUUAUGACCAGACAGAAGAUAUUGGAAGCAAAGGGUAUUCUCUUGGAAUUUUUCUAGGUGUGAACUUGCUGGCUUUUCUCAUCAUUGUGUUUGCCUAUAUUACUAUGUUCUGUUCCAUUAAAAAAACUGCCUUGCAGACUUCGGAAGUGAGGAAUCACAUUGGAAGAGAGGUGGCUGUUGCAAAUCGUUUCUUUUUUAUUGUGUUCUCUGAUGCCAUCUGCUGGAUUCCUGUAUUUGUAGUUAAAUUGCUGUCUCUUUUCCAGCUGGAAAUACCAGGCACAAUCACUUCCUGGAUCGUUAUUUUUUUCCUGCCAGUAAACAGUGCCUUGAACCCAAUCCUCUACACUCUCACAACUAGCUUUUUCAAGGACAAGUUGAAACAGCUGCUACACAAACAUCGGAGGAAAAACAUCUUCAAAACUAAAAACAAAAGUUUGUCUGCAUCCAUUGUGUGGUCAGAUGACUCUUCUUCAUUUAAACUUGGAGUUUUGAACAAAAUUACCCUUGGGGACAGCACAGUGAAACCAAUUUCCUAGUAAUUUGGAUCCAGGCAUUUUCAGUGGACUAUCUAGAAGAAGCAGCACAGCAUCUGGGAGAUGGCAUCUGUAAUGCUUUUCACCUUUACCACUGGCAAGCCUUUCUGCACGGAGAGCACAGAAGAAUGGUUUCUGGUGUUACAUUUCAGUGGCAGCUGUGCUGUUGAUCAGCUGUGCUAAGAGCUACAGCUAAUGGUCCUCUUUCACCAUCACAAGUCUGAAGUGCACAAGUGAAUCCAUAGGUAGCAGGCUGAGCUGCCGUUGAGCUCUAGUUUGUCAAAACUACCGGCCUAGCCAGUGAAAGCACCAUGCUGGCAUGCUUUUCAAUAGAAUUGCACUGUCCAUCAAAUAACAACAUUCAUGACAUCUAACACCAGUAUGGCCAUAAUAACAUAAGCCUAACAUCUUUUUCCCUUGCCUUUUCAAUGUCAAGUAAAAAGCAGGACUGAUAGCAGAGAAUUUCCAAGAUGCCUAUCCACCAUAGGACUUGCCCUUGGAAAGUGAUGUCAUAGCAACUUUGGAGGAGCUCUUAGAAAGCCGGGAAAUGACAAAAUACACUCACAGAGGACACCUGGCACCACUAAUCAUCUCAGCUCUUGUUUAGCAUUAGAAAAGCUGAGACGUCCAAUAAACUAUUGUUCUUAAGGAUGCCCAGGCCACAAGGGAAAAUUGAACACACCAAAUAUCAAAAAUUUUUGUUGUUCUACAUUUUAAAGCAUCACUCUGUGACAGCUGUAUAAUAUUGUUCGGAAGUUCUACCUACAUUGAACACACAGAGAAAAGGUGUUAAAGGGGCUUAAGAACAGCUUAAGGGCCAGGGAGAUCACAUAAUGGCAAUGUGUAGAGACUUCCUCACCUGAGGUUCAGUUGUUCCAGUUUUAAUCUCCAGCACCACCAUAAACAGAGCUAAAACUUGCUCUGAUUUGGGACCACUUACUUAUUCAAAUAAAUUCCCAUUGUUUUUUGUUUGUUUGUUUAACAGCAUGGUCAGUACAUUUGAUUUGUUUCUUAAGGUGAAAAGUAUUUGUAAAGA